AUGGCUUCUUCAUAUGCUAAUAACUCUAUGUUUCUCUUGCUUUGUCUAUGCUUAACCUUUAGCACAAGUGCAUACGGUGGAAAUUUCAACACAGAUUUUAAUAUUCUAUUUGGAGAUAAAAGGGCUAACAUACAAGAUGGUGGCAAUAGCAUGACACUUACAAUGGAUGAAUAUUCUGGCUCUGGCAUUGGUACCAAGAAUGAAUAUUUGUUUGGAAAAUUUGAUAUGCAAAUAAAACUUGUGCCAGGGAACUCUGCAGGCACUGUCACUACAAUUUAUCUAAGUUCUCAAGGACCACACCAUGACGAGAUUGAUAUAGAAUUUUUGGGCAACUUGUCUGGUGAUCCAUAUAUUCUCUCAACCAAUUUAUAUGCCAAUGGUAUUGGAGGUCAUGAGGUGCAAUUCUAUCUUUGGUUUGAUCCCACACAAGAUUUUCACACUUACUCUAUUGAUUGGAAUCCUCAACGCAUAAUAAUAUUGGUGGAUAACAUACCCAUAAGAGUGAUACAUAAUAGACAAGACAUUGGUGUUGCAUUCCCAAUAAUGCAGCCAAUGAAAUUAUACACAACACUGUGGAAUGGAGAUACAUGGGCAACAAGAGGUGGAAAAGUAAAAAUUGAUUGGUCAAAGGCUCCAUUCACAGCUGGAUUUAGAAACUUCAAUGCCAACGCAUGCAUUACUGGUCCAUCAAGUAAAUGCUUAAGUUUCAAUGGUGGAAAAAAUAAAGGUCUUAGUUCUAAAAUAAGGAAGCAACUUAAAGUAAUUCAUUCAAAAUGGGUUGUUUAUGAUUAUUGUCGUGAUUUUACACGUUAUGCUCGUGGUCUUCCUCAUGAAUGCCGCAAGACAAAAAAUCUUGUAGCUGAUUUCUAA